AUGUGGGGAAAAAUACAAAAAGCCAUUCAAAGAGCAGCAGAAAAUAUUCUCUCCUUAAAAAAAAGGACACCAGAACUUUUAAAACUACAACUAGAAAAUGAAAAGUUAAAGAGUCUUAAAAGAAAUAUAAAAACAACCAGAAAAGAAACUACAUCUGAUAGAGAAGACCCAACAGACAAGCUAGCGAAAGAAUGGUUACUAGUUCUAGAAAGCAAGUUUACAGAUGUUUCUUCCAAAGAGAAAAUACAAGAUGAACAGGAGGAAAUGAAUACUAGAACUGAGCUUAAGUUGUAG